AUGUGCAGGGGCCAGACAACUAGUUUGAGCUCGGGCGCUGGUUGUUCGCAUCUUGAGGAAGUGCAGAUCCGUGCGGAGAGCCUUGCCACAGGACUGCGUUCGCGUGUGUCCUUGAAUUUGGUGGAGGACCAGGAUGCUGCCGAGCACAUGGCACGCUACCUGACGUGGGCGGCCCAGGCGCCCAAGGUGCCCAAGGCGCAGAGAAAUGCCAAAAGGCAGAGCCCCGAAUCUCCCGAGCGAUCCCGUCUUCGCACGGGAGCAGCCUCGGGUGUGGCUGUGGCUGCAGAGGUCCUCAGCCAAGCGAUGGUGGCCAUGAGCAGAAUGCACGACAGGUUCGACCGACUGAAUGUCGCCUUUCAGGAUCUUGAGAGGAACGGUGGGAUGGCCUCUGCCUUCAACGGAGAACGACCCAUAGCGGUCGACAGUGCAGCGCGCGCCUCCGAAGCCACCGUUCAAGCAGCAGAGUGCUGCCACGCAGCACUAAAAGCGCUCCCAGUAUCCACAGUCUGGGUGGAACUGCCCGAUCCCAUCAGCACAGCCGAUGCACUGGAAGCAGCCGCAGCUAUCCUGAAGAAUGGCAGACUACAGCUUGCGGAGCUUGAGGCCUUCCAGGUCGUCACGUUGAAUCGAAUUGAGGCCCAGGCCAAGAGCGCCAGCUACCGAAGUGGCCCAGGCGACUUUCCAGUUGCUGGUAGUCCCUUCACUAUGGCCAUCACCGAGUUCCCUUGUGGCCCGAAGCUGUGCAGUGCUUCAGGGACUUAUCUUUGGAGUGAGGCUCGGGGGUUACUCAAAGCUUUCGCCGGUGCUCACCAGAUUGACAGGGAAUUUGGCGCCAGCAUCUUGAGCGAAGUCUUCCAUGUUUUCGACGAUCUCAUCGAUGGGCUGGCACGCAUUCUUGAAGAGUUGAUCUGCUUGGAAAGUGAGACCGACUCGAUGUGUCCUGCUUUGCUGGGCGCUGCUCAGGUUCAGAAGGACCUGUUGGAAUGGAAGCUUACCCUGCUUGAUGAUGAGGUCAGCCAAACACAGCAGUGCAAACUGAUGGAAUUCGUGGAGGUAGUUUUGGCUGUGGGCGAUGCAUUGCAAGCCGCCAUCGCGCAGCUGCGUCGGAGACGGCAACACGUCGUGGAAGGCAUGAAGGCUUCUAUUGAAAUCAAAGCAGCUAUGAUGCCCGCCACGGAAGGAGAAGCCCCGCAGCUGAAGAACUUCGUCGAAACAACGGUCGUUCGUGAGCUGAAGAAGCAGCUGAGCAAGAUCAUCAGUGAAGCCAAGGAUGUGAAGGUCAAGGUGGCAAAGCGAAGCAAAGCUGCUGCAACUGGCACCGGCGACACAGGCGGAGAUGCGCCAGAAGCAGCUGAGGCUGAGGACAGGUUGAUCCCUCGAGCUUACAAGGGGGAGGAGGCCGAGGAGUCCGACAAGAAGGCCAAGAAGAAGAGAAGAAGAAUUCUUGGAGCGGAAGACAAGGCAGAGGAGGAGGAGCGAGUUGCAGAUGCGAUGGACGCAGAGGCUGACGGAGGCGAUGAGGAGGAGGAGAGCCUGUCUUCAGGCUUCUACACCUCGGUUGAAGGGGAUGAUGAGAAGGCUAUCGAAGAUCCUGAUGAACAGGAGUUGGAAAAAGCAGAGGGGAUCAAGGGCAAUGAGGAGGAAGACGGAGAAGGCGCAGAUGAGGAGAAGCCAGCAAAAGAUUUGGAUGAGGAGCAAGAGUGUGAGGAAGAUGCUCCGGCCGAGGGUGGUGACGACAUGACGUCCCCGAAGGGGAAGCGCGCCAAAAAAGGAGACACGGGUGGAACGAAGGAGGAGCGGGAGGAAGAUGAGAAAGACGGCGGCUCUGGAGGCAUGCAGAAGGCCAAGACCAGCACCCAGGAAGGCUCGAAAAAUCGGAAGACCAAGACCGGCAGCAGCGCGCGACAGCUCGGAGACAAAGCAGCUUCCUUGCAAAAGCAGGCGGAGAAGGACCUUGCCGAGGCUUUGAAGGAGGACAACUUGGUUUGGCGAUCAGAGCUGAGGGGCGAUUCGAUGUCGAUCAUCGUGAACCACAACCAUUCCCAGUGCCCUCACAGUCUUUUCGUUGGGGAGGUGUUGCGAGGAGUUCUGUCUACCGCAACAUUGCAGGACAUUCGCGAUCCUGCGUGCGACGGGGUGGAGGCAGUUCAUGUGAAAGUUGAGAACGACAAGGUGAGCCUGGAGUGCGAGGGAAUCAACCUCUUCGGCCUACUGUGCUUGCCUCCCACACUUGUAGCACACAGCCAGAUCUACACCAACAACCUCAGGCACGUCCUGGAGACUUUUGGGGUUGAAGCUGCACGUGCAUCGGUCGUCCGAGAAGUUCGCGGUGUCUUUGGCCACUACGGGAUUCAGGUCGAUCACCGCCACCUGUCGCUGAUUGCAGACUACAUGGCCCAAGCGGGCGGCUUGCGGCCGUUCAAUCGUAUGGGGAUGGUACAUUGUACGUCGCCACUUCUGCAGAUGUCCUACGAGACGACCAUGCAGUUCUUGUCUGGCGCGUGCAAGGAAGAUUUGCUCGACAACAUGAUCUCGCCCGCAAGUGCUAUCGUGCUUGGGCAGCCUCCUGCUGUCGGCACUGGCGUGGUGAAUCUGCUGGUAGAUCUGGAUCCACCAGAUCCACCAUGGAAGAAGCAGAGGCGCUUUAAGAUGCAACGCAAAUACACAAACUCUCAAUGCAAUGUCAUGGAGCCAGAUCAUGGGCCAGUGGAGCCCGAGCAAGUCUGGUCGUUUGAGACGUUGUGCACCUCCGAUUGGAGACGCUUUCGCACCGCGUACCUUGGUGCUAUGCGGGACUCUCCCGAUGCGUUUACCGCAAGCUUGGAGACGGAAGAGGCGCAUCUCGUGGAGAAGUGGCAAGAGCGCAUCCAACAAGGCGUGGUCGUCUCUUGCGCCUCCGCUGGACGCGAUGUCGGCUUUGCCUGGGUUGUGCGGAGAGGAGAUGCGGUGACCCUGGGCUUGUGGGUUGCUCCGGAGCACCGUUGCCGUGGGAUUGGAUCUGCACUUCUGGAUGCAGCUAUUCAAUGGGCACGCAGCGUGGGAGCGAGAAGGGUCUCACUGAAUGUCGCAGACGGGAACGAUGCUGCCAUGCGGUUAUACCAGAGAAUGGGAUUCCAGCGCACAGGUGCCAUCGCAGCCCUUCCACCUCCACGGGACCACAUCUCGAAGCACCAGUUCGCCUUGGACCUCUAA